AUGCUGGCUACAAAGUUCGAACCCAUUGUCUUCAUCUGUCGAAAACAAGCAGAAAUAAGCUAUCCAACUGGGACCACGAAACGAAUUAGCAAAUCCAACCGAUUGCUAGGAGCACUUAAGACGACGAUUCUGUCCACCGAACCUACAGCUGGCGGACCGUCGUCGACAAGAACUUUGACUCCUGUUCUCGCUGCUCAUCCAAUAACGGCAUCACCCCACAAAUCUGACGUGGCUGAACUCAUUUGCACGACAUCAGACAUUUAUGAGCUCUCCAAUAAUGGGAUAGUAGUGCCUGUGAAGAUGUUCGUGGAAAAAGAGCAUGUACUCGUAUCCAGGGGGCCCGUCGGCUUUGGACACGAGUGCAGUUCGACACCUCGACGGGACGACCGUGACGACAGUUACAUGCCUGGAACAUCUCCUGAUAUGUUGAUGUCAGUACUCAAUAUGAAAGUCUGUGCGAAUUCACUGUAA